CGUCUCUGUUCCAAAUAAAUAAUUUUUGCUUCUUUUUCGUAAUUCAAGAACUGAACCAUACAUUUGAAGAACCCAAUUAACCCACACACGAAAAUAAAACGCAGCCUCUUUCUGUCGGAAAAGUGGAAAUCCUUAUUGGCAACAAAAUAGUGAGAGUCAUGAGAAGAGUGCCCCUUGCGCUACUCAAACGAGUUUAUCCUCUGCGCAGCCAAAAUGCACGACGCUCGUUCAGCACACUCCUCCCUCCGCCGCGCGAGGUGGUGGAACCCUUCUGCAACCUCUCCGACGUCGUUUCCUCCCCUCAAACCUCUCCGUGGCUCCCUCAAAUCCUCUCCCUCCUCGAUGGCUCUCCCUCCAUGGAGUCCAACCUCGAUUCCUUCUGCCGCCAAUACCUCAUCACUCUCUCCCCCUCCUUCGUCUCCCACACGCUCCGCUCCCUCUCCGACCAUCUCACCGCCAUGCGUUUCUUCUCCUGGGCCACCACGCAGCCCAAAUACACCCACUCCCUCGACUGCCACGUCUCCCUCCUCCCCCUCCUUCCCCUCUCCUCCCUCCCCGCCGCCGUCGCCGCCCUCCGCCGCGCAAACCUCCCCAUCACCCUCCCGGCCGCCCACUCCCUUGCCAAAACCCUCGCUGCCGCCGGCCUCCUCCACGAUCUCCUCUGGCUGUUCCGCGCCAUGACGGCCAACAACCUCCCUCUCUCCCUCAUCAACCUCAACUCCCUCCUCAACGCCCUCGUCAACGCCUCCCUCGUCGACUCCGCCGAGCGCGUGUUAAAAUCAAUGCAGGAGGGGUCGUCGCCCAAGCCCGACGUCGUCAGUUACAACACGCUCGUCAAAGGCUACUGCAAGGUGGGGCGAACGCGGGAUGCGUUCGCCACGCUCCGCGAAAUGGAGGCUGAAAACGUGCCGCCCGAUGAGGUCACGUACAUGACCCUGAUGCAGGCGUGUUACAACGAGGGUGACAUGGAUUCGUGCGUGAGGCUUUACCAUGAGAUGGAGGAGGAUGAAACGUUGGUAACGAAAAUCCCUUCUCACGCGUAUAGUUUAACAAUAUGUGGGCUGUGUAAGCAGGGGAAGGUUGUGGAGGGUUGUUCUGUGUUUGAGAGUAUGGUUAAGAAAGGUUGUGUGGCUCACAAGGCUGUGUAUACUGCCAUGAUUGAUGGUUAUGCCAAGAGCGGGAACAUGGAUGCGGCGCUCUCGGUUUUGGAGAGGAUGAAGGUGGAUGGAGUUGAGCCUGAUGAGGUUACAUAUGGUGCUGUUGUAGGUGGGUUGUGCAAGAGUGGGAAAGUGGAGGAGGCCAUGGGUUAUUUUAGGUUCUGCAAGGGUAAUGGGGUGGGUGUGAAUGCUGUGUUUUAUUCGAGUUUGAUUGAUGGGCUUGGGAAGGUUGGGAGGGUGGAUGAGGCGGAGAAGCUGUUUGAGGAAAUGGCAGAAGAGGGGUGUCCACCGGAUUCGUAUUGUUACAAUGCUCUGAUGGAUGGUUUGUGCAAGAGUGGGAGGGUUGAUGAGGCUCUGAUGCUGUUUAGGAGGAUGGAGCAAGAGGGGUGUGAACAGACUGUUUAUACUUUUACCAUACUUAUCAGUGAGCUCUUCAAGGAGAGGAGGAACGAGGAGGCGCUGAAGCUGUGGGAGGAGAUGAUUGACAAAGGUGUCACACCGAAUGCUGCAUGUUUCAGGGCUCUUUCAAUGGGGCUGUGUCUUUCAGGGAAGGUUGCAAGGGCCUGCAGGGUGUUGGAUGAGCUUGCUCCGAUGGGGAUUGUUCUGGAGAGAGCCUACGAGGACAUGAUUGGUGUGCUGUGCAAGGCUGGCCGUGUGAAGGAGGCCUGCAAGUUGGCUGAUGGGAUUGUAGAUAGGGGUAGGGAAAUACCAGGAAAGGUUAGGACUGUGCUGAUCAAUGCCUUGAGGAAGGCUGGUAAUGCAGAUUUGGCGAUUAAGUUAAUGCACAGCAAGAUUGGUAUUGGGUAUGAUCGAAUGCGGAGUGUUAAAAAGAGAGUGAAGUUCCAAACCCUCGUCAACAACUGAUUAUCUUGAAUUUGAGAUGUAGACUCAAUGGUUGGUCCCUGAAGAUUUGUUAUAUGGGUUCUAUAUGGUUAAUUUCAGGGUAUACUAUUUCAAUCCAAAUGUGUGUUGUCUCACAUUAAAUUGGCAAGUAACUUUGGAUUGAAUGUUUGGGGGAAGUGACUUUAGACUUAUUUGGCUUCUUUAUGGUUGCAAACCUGACCGACCAGAUGAUCAUAGGAAUAAUGAUACUUGGUCCCUAUUUGGUGUCACACCAUGGCUUCAGUUUUCAUGGAUACAGGCAAGGAGUUGAGGGUGGAUAAUUUGAAGAUCUAAUAUUUUAAGUUAAAUGUGUGCUUUGUUGAAUGAUGCUAAAUUAAAUCUCUUCAGCUUGUAUCUCCGAGUAACUUUGGAUUCAGUGUCCAGGCAAAGUGACUUAUUGGGCAUCAAACUGGACAAAAACAGAAGUAAUUAUAGGCAAAACUCAAGGUGCACGACAGCAUUUUUUGGGCACCAGUGCACCCUAGAGUGUAACCUGUGGAUAACAUGUUAAAAUAACAAAAAUGUGUUAGAUCUCAGUUAUGGUAAAAGGGUAUGAAGAAAUUUUUGUUAUUUAAAUUUCAGCCCCCUGAUAAGCAAAUCAAGAACUCAAGGUUUUGGCCAAGCUUUCAAAAUCCUAAGCAGUGUUUGGAAGGCAGAAAGUAUACUCUGAAUAUUAGCAAUUUGCUCAUCAAUGAGUGUGAAGUGACACUCUUUGAGUGAGUUUGGUUGAGGUGGCUUGACAGCAGAUGCUAUUGAAGGGAUGGUUUCUCAUUAAAGGUUUGUUUUCUUCCUCCCAUUUUGAAGCUCUGUUAUAAUCUUCUAUAAUCACUAUGAUGUAUCACUGUAGAAGUAGUUUUCCACUGCAGUAGAACUGUAGAUGGAUUUGAUGUUAUUUGGGUGACAUUGUUCCCUUGAGUAAUUGCAUUAACAUAUAAUAAUUUUUCUGUUCUA